AUGGCUGCAAGUUCCGCUGUUGCAGUGCCGAUAUUUUACACAUCCAUGCCGAUGCCCCGUAGCCCAGAUGCGCCCCGAUUCAGAGGCAGGCGGAUCGUCGAGUUCCUUAGCAAAUAUGAGUCACUGGCUGAUGCGGCACUUUUCACGGAAGCUCAGAAAUGCGAAUUUCUGACCGCUUACUGCACUGACAAGGAAGCGAGGUUCAUUUCCACGCUGGACGGAUUCGAGAACCCAGAUUGGGUGUCGCUCAAGAAAGACCUGCUGGACUUUUAUGGCGUUGACGAAGAACCCUUAUUUUGCUUCAAGGAUCUCCGCAAGUUCGUAGAAAAAGGUCGCAAGAUGAAGACCUUUGAUCACCUUGACCGAUAUUUGUGCAAGUUUGAAGCUAUUUCCAAGUCCCUAGAUGGACAGGGUACCCUUGCCGUUGUUGAGCGCGAUGAUUUGUUUUUCCGUGGAUUUCCGUCGAAGUUUAGGCACAAGCUCAAUAUGCACGAGGUUGUCGCAGCGGCAAGGGCCCUGCUACAAGAUGCCCAUGAUCGCGAAAGAGCCAGUUCCUAUUCAUCAAUGUCCGAUGCGCAGACCAGUGCAAAUGUUGAUUCACCAGUGCUUUCAAUGCAGCCCACGGUUCAGAGCGAUUUUGUGCCCGAGUUUGAUGCAGAAACAAGUGCCGCCAGCUCGACGCUAGAUCAGAUGGACCAGCAUGAGUCUGAAGCCUGCGAAGCGCGGAGCGCCUACGAAACCAAGUCAAUUGCUGUGUCCGAAGAUUACGUGCUCGAGCCGGAGUUUGAUGACGCAAGCCUAGAGCUAAGGCCCAGGAGACUCGAACCUGUCUCAGAACCCGACGUGCUUGAAGACCAAGUCUGCCAGACCUCAGAACUGGCUGUGAUCUACUCAGUGUGUUCAGACGAAGCCGGAAAGACUCAGUCAGUCGAGGCAAUUGUGUACUACAAACCCAAUCUGGCUGUCCAUGAAAUAAUCCAUGAUGCCCCCAGCCCCGAUUUGGAUUCACACUGCAACGACGAGAAUUCCCAUGAGACAGUCUAUGAGACCUUCGAUCUGGACUCAUAUUUCGGCGAUGAUACUCCUUGCGGACCGGAUUGUGACUACGAUUCAGACUGGGAGUCAUACAUUGCGAAGUCUAAAGGCACGGAUCUGCCACAGAAUAUCAAGAUCAGAGUAGACAGUCUAAUGCCAGCAGGCAACGAUGGGAAGGCUCACAAGAUGAUGUUUGCCAAUGUCGCGGACUCGGACUUGAGUAUCCAGGAUGAAGACCCGUGUGGAUCGAUUUACGACGUCUUCAGCCUGAAGUCGUAUCUUGACGAUGAGGCCCCUUGCAAAACGGCUUUCAAUGUCUUCGACUCAUUCGCAUGGUUCGACGAAGAGAUCUCCCGUGAAACUUCCCCUGACACUUCAGAUGUGGACUCGAGCUUCGACGAUAUUGAGACCAUGGACCCACCCCAGACAGGCGAUCCAACGACACCCAAGGCACCUCGACCGCUGGAUUUCUUACACACCGCGCCAGAGCACAAUGAUCGAGAGCUAAGGCCUGGCGACCUUGAACGUGUCUCGAAAUCCGACAUUUUCGCAGUAUACCAGACCUCAGAACAUGCAGCAAUCGACCUUGUUUGCCGAGAUGAAGUCGAGGCGCCUCAGUCAACGGAGGCAAUCGGAUACUACUGCAAGUUUGACCUGAUCGACUCACAGCCUGUACAAAUCUCCAAAUUAGAUGGUGUGACCGAGACUGAAGAGCGCAGCAGCAGCGCCAAGUCCCCUGUUGAGCCCAGCGAAGGCAGAUGUGAAGACACUAGUCCGGAGGCGACUCAGGCGAGAAUUCAGAAAUCAAGUGGCAUUCCCUGUUGGUUCCCCAAGUAUGAGUUCGACAACAGCAAAGUGGCUAAGCGAGUUAAGUUUUCGAUGCAUGAGUCCGGUGAAGGGUACGAGGAUCUGCCCAAGAAGGAUCCAGAUAAGGUUGUAGGACACGAAUCCAAUCCCAAUCGUGGUGAAGCGCCUGAGUACGUGAAGCCGCUUCCUAUCACCCCCGAGUUCGAAGACGGUUAUGGAGAACCGCCCACAAAAGACCCUGAUAAGGGUAUCAACGUGAUCAAGUAUUCGGGCGAUGGCCUAGCCCGCGGAUAUGAGUCUAAGGUGACUCCAGAGGCCGAAAGUAUACGAGAUGUCGAGCUUCACAGUGGCAUCCUCACGCUUGAAAUGCCGGAAGGCACCUACAUCAUUUGCGGUGAUGAGAUCGCCCUGUUCGAAGCCAAACGCGAGUCUGAAUGCAGCAGGAAGUCGGAAAUAGCACGGGCCCUGGACUCAGCGCAAGAGCACAGUGAGCAUAAACAUAAAGAGCUAAGGCCUCCCGGCCUCAAUGACGAGCUCAAUCGUUGUUGUUCUACGUCGUGUACCGAGUUCCGCCGCGAGGUUUCCAUGCUCAAGACGGUAGAGGGCUUCUACGUCGUCCAGGGUGACCUUGUGGUUCUCUUUGAAGCUGCGCAAGACGCAGAGUGUGAGGUCCAGUUCAGAGGCGAGCCUAGCCUAGCACAAGAUGGGGCUGAGCUCAAGGAUAAAGAGCUACGGCCUCUCAGCUUCAGCGGUGUGUUCGGAAAUUCCGACUCAGUGGAUGACUACACACGGGAUUCUGGAUGCGAAUCCGACAUCGGCUUUGAUGCAGUACCCAAGGGCAUUGGGUUGAUUGAUCCCCCUGAAGUCAUUCUUAUGCGCGAGUCGAAUCAUGAAGAACGGGAUUGUGAUUUGAUUGGCAAACACGCUAUCAUACAUGGCGGAAUCGAUGCAGUGAAAAGGCCUACCUUCGAGAUUGCCGUUAAUGUUAGUCCUGGUAUCGGAGCACCCAAGCACGCGAAAGCCCCAUAUUUCCCUGGCGAUGGCUAUGAAUGCCGACCCGAGAAAGACCCCAACAAGGUAUCAAAUGUGAAUGAGUGUCCGGGCGAUGGCCUAGCCCGAGAACAAGAGUCUGAGGAGACUCCAGAGGCCGAACGUUCGCGAGGUGUUGAGUCCCAUGGUGACACCUUUGUGCUUGAGGGAGCUGAUGGGGCCAGGCGAGUACUGGUCUUGGACUGCGAGUCUGGGCCCAAGCGCGGGGUCAAUUGCAUGUCGAAUACGGAGUCUUGGGCCGAAGCAAGCGAAAUCAGCAAUGGCCCAUACAAGUCGGCGAUGGGAGUGAAAAUGAGGCUUACCAUUGUGCCUAAACCUCUCGUUCGACCUGUAGUUCUCCCAGAUGUAAUGGCCACAACGGUACAGAGAUGCGCGCAAGUUCAUGGCAGAAUGAUAAAGAUUGAUGCCGAUUGCUGGCUCGAGGCCGCAACGACGACAGAAGGGAUCAUAGAGAGUCUAGAGUGCCGAGGUGUCCCUGAUCCGAGUCUCAUGUCGGGAUUCAAAGGCGAAAUGGAGCCAACUGCCGGCACCAUGAGUGAGUGUGGAAGCCGAGUACCCAGUCACCUGGAGACAUCAUCAUCGAGCCGAGAGGCCACGCAUAAAGAGCUUAGGCCUCCUGUCCAAUGCCAAAGUCCGCAUGUGAGCUGUGCGAUGUCAAAGCCAUGUUCAGGGUCGAAGACUUGUAACAAGUUUGAUGUUCGAGAACGCAUUGCUCAGUCAGAUGUUCUCGGCAGAGAGAGUAAUCCCAGAUGUCAGAGAAGAGCUCCGUGUGCACAGGAUGAUAGUCUAGACAGCCGGAGAUGCCAGAAGAAUGCGCUCAUUGAGUCGAAAUCCCGCGACCCUUACCCCAGCGCAGUCUCAUGGGGUUGGUUUACUGAACGUGCGACAUGUUCCUCAGUCGAUUUUGUGCGAGCCAAGUGUCCAGAAGGUUCUGCUAGUCAGCACCAUAGUCAGACCGCUCAGGUGUAUGGCUAUCAGGAAUCCGUUAAGAAGUCAAAGACAUCACUUCCGAGGACAAUUUGCGUUGUGUUGCGAAAUGGAGACGAGGCUGAGCAUUGCCUUGAGGAUGGAUACAUGCCUUGCAUUAGCGAAUACGAGGCUAGAGUGCGGAGGAAGAAGCCUCCCUGA